UGUCUCCUCACCAGUGCAGAGGCAGGGACUGAAAAUGACUUCGAAUCUGCUCUACACGUUCCUCGCUGGUUUUUUGACGCUCAUUUUGCUAAUUUACAUAAAAUACCCCUAUUUUUUACACGAUUUGAGAUACACCAUCAUCGCUAUUGGCAUACGUAUACGCACGAGCAAAUUUAAGAAGCAAACGCCAUAUUACACAAUUCUGGAUAGAUUUUUGGAACAAGCGAAAAACCAACCGGAAAAAACUUUUAUUAUUUUCGAGGGCCGCAGGUUUACGUACAGUUACGCGGAUAAGGAGAGUAACAAAAUCGCCAGGGCGCUGCAGAAACACACAGACUUGAAGGAGGGCGACACCGCGGCUGUGUUUUUGGGAAACGAGCCGGACUUCGUGUGGCUCUGGCUGGCUCUGUCCAAACUGGGAUGCACCGCUGCGUUACUCAACACAAACAUACGGUCCAAAUCUCUGCUGCACUGCUUUUCCUGCUGCGACGCCAAGAUCCUCGUGGCUGGAGCUGAUCUGCAGGGGGAAGUAGAGGAGGUGCUGCCUGGUUUGAAGGAUUUGGGCGCACAUGUGUUUGUUUUGGGACAGGGGAGUUGUGUGGACGGUAUCGAGACUCUGUCUGAUAAGAUCCAAGAGGCCUCAGACCAGCCCCUGUCCCUGCAGCUCAGAGCUAAUGUUAAAAUCAGCAGCCCCGCCCUGUACAUCUACACCUCUGGGACCACAGGUCUCCCCAAAGCUGCUGUGGUCACCCAUAGGAAGGUAUGGUUUGCUUCCUUUGUCCUGACCUUUGCUGGAGUGACCUCGAGCGAUAUCCUCUACCUGUGCCUUCCCCUGUACCACACCUCAGGCUUCCUCCUGGGGCUCGCUGCGGCCAUAGACAGAGGUUUGACGGUUGUGUUGAAGCGCAGGUUUUCUGCCUCUCAGUUCUGGGAUGACUGUAGAAAAUACAACGUCACUUCGGUCGUCUACAUAGGAGAGAUGCUGCGCUACCUCUGCAACUCGCCCAAGAAAGACAACGAUAAGAACCACAAAGUGCGACUUGCUGUGGGUGUUGGUGUCCGUGCGGACACAUGGGAGCAGUUUCUGCAAAGAUUUGGACACGUUCGGAUCUGUGAGUGCUACGGCUUAACAGAAGGAAACAUCGCCUUCAUCAACUACUCCGGGAAAAUCGGAGCCAUUGGCAGAGAACAUUUUCUUCAUAAAAGGGGCUCUCCAUACUUUUUGAUAAGAUUUGACACUGAAACAGAGGAACCUGUGAGAGACUCUAAAGGCUUCUGCACUGAAGUUCCCCGAGGAGAGACUGGUUUGCUGGUUGUAAAGAUCGGAGAAACAUCACCAUUUCAGGGAUACGCGAAAAACCAACAACAAACAGAGAAGAAAAUACUGAAGGAUGUUUUUGUGAAAGGAGAUCGCUACUUCAACUCCGGAGAUCUUAUGAGGAUGGACCAACAAGGAUUUGUCUACUUCCAAGAUCGAGUUGGAGACACCUUCAGGUGGAAAGGAGAGAAUGUAGCAACUACAGAAGUGGCUGACCAUUUACUCACAGUGGACUGUAUUGAGGAGGCCAAUGUUUAUGGUGUUAAGGUUCCAGGACAUGAGGGCCGUAUUGGGAUGGCAGCGCUGAAGCUCAAAGAGAACAUGGACUUUGACUGUAAAGCUGCUCAUCAACAUGUGAAGAACUUUCUCCCGAGCUACGCGCGGCCACGCUUCAUACGAAUACAGCCCUGCCUGGAUGUGACGGGAACAUACAAACACACAAAGGUGAAGUUGAUGGAGGAAGGAUUUGACCCAGCAAUCAUCAAAGAUCCUUUGUUUUUCCUUGAUGAUGCUAAAGGUUACAUUCCCAUGACACAAGACAUUUAUGAUUCUUUAGUUGAAGGCAAACUCCGACUCUGAGCCAAGUGCACCUGAAAAACCCAAACCAACUAAUCAAUAUGUAACCGUAAUAUUAAGACGUUUGCCUACAAAAGGACACUAUAAGUGAGCUAACUUUUCUUUCUGUGUUAUUGCUAUUUACCACUGUAUGCCACAAGUAACAGGUUAAAUCUGUAGAGAGGGAAGCCUGCUUACUGUAAGAACACAUUAUAUUAAGUUAAAUGUCAUAUUAACAUUCCAUCUGAAGCAAUAACCACUUCACCAGAAAAGUUACAUAGUGUAUCUUUAAUUUUUGGCUACAGUAAAUUUUAACUUAGCUACGAAGUCACUGA